GUACUUGAAUAUACCACAGCUCGUCAUUAUCCUGUCUGCCGGUUUUCUGUGCCCGGAUUCUAAGUUCACUCUAACUUUUGAGCAGCCUCUGUCUUUCCACGUCAUCUUUUGGAGUAGUUGAAAAUGCCGAAAGUAAAGCAGGGAAGGAAAAAUGCUGGCAAGCCUGCAACGCCUCGUCGCACGCGGAAGGCUGGGACUGGGAGUGCAUCGUCUACCUCGGUCGUCGAAGAGGACGUCGCUGGAGCCGGCACGAGUAUUAUAAACGGUGAGUCUGAUACUGUAGGGGCUCCCUGGCCCAUAGUUACCCCUCCCGGCGCUGCGCAUAGUUCUGAGGCAACUCAUGAAAUUCAGGCGCCUUCACAUCCCCCUGAUACUCCUGUUACCCUCCCCAUUUAUGAUGCUUCUGGCAUUACCCCUCCGACACAGCCGGCUAUGCUGAGCUGCGUAUGCGAUGAGCUGGGUAGUGAGGUUCCUCUCGGGAUCAAAGAAAAGAUUUGGAGUGGUGAAUAUUUUGAUCUCGGUUUGCUACUAAAAAGGGACGGCGCGCAGUUAGAUUCCGCUCAAUCAUUCAGCCUCUGUUCUACGGGGGCUGCAGUAGUUUUGCGGCCGCAUAGCAAGCCCCCUGUGCUGUCUAAUAUUGAACAGUGGACAUCAGCUUUUCUGAUUUUCGCGUCGAUAUAUCUAGAGCGUCAUCCAGCUCGGGCUCGGGAAUUAUUGAAGUACAUGGACAUCGUACGUUCCAUUGUACGAUAUGGGGGGGUCAAUUGGCGGUCUUAUGAUGCGCAAUUUCGCCUCCGUCAGGCGCGUCACCCCUUUAGAUCCUGGGCGUCAAUCGACUCUGAACUAUGGCUGACAAUCACAACAGCGAUCACAAUUUUCAAUAUCCCGCCUCGUCAUCCCUCGCCUCCAGGAGCCAGCCCUUUCGCCCAUACGGGCGGGGAGCAAGCCGCAUGCCCCCGUCUCGGCAAUAUGGUUCAAACCGCGUCGGCAUCCCCCGACCCCCGCUGCUCUGUUACGCAUUCAAUGACACCGGGUCAUGCAGCCGAGUUAACUGCCGUUUUCUGCACAGAUGCAGAAACUGUUCCGCAACUUCCCAUGGCACCCACGCCUGCGUCAAACCCGCCGCCGCCGCCAGUAGCAAACGGGUGCCAGGCUCAAACACCAAUUAAUUUGAAACGCAUGCUUCGUUUUCUUAAUAAGUACGCCAGACGCGAUGAUGCCGCCCAACUUAUUUCUGGGUUCCGAUUUGGGUUCUCUCUUGGUUUUACUGGGCUCCGUCACCCUGUUUCUUCACGAAAUCUGAAAUCGGCAGGGGAGCUGAAGGAUAUUUUAAAGGAUAAGAUACAGAAAGAAAUUAGCCUGGGUAGAAUUGCCGGUCCUUUCCAAAAUCCACCCUUUCCGAAUUUUCGCUGCUCCCCUAUAGGGCUUGUUCCCAAGCGUACCCCGGGGGAAUUUCGCCUUAUUCAACACCUCUCAGCUCCUCGAGGUCAAUCGGUCAAUGAGUUUAUUAACUCAGAUCUAUGCUCCGUAUCAUACACUUCGUUCGACGAAGCUGUUAAUCUUGUUUCACGCCUCGGUCAAGGUGCAUUUAUGGGCAAGGCAGAUAUCAAAUCUGCAUUUCGGCUGCUGCCGGUCCACCCUUCUGAUUUUGAACUCCUCGGUUUCUGCGUUGACGGGGAAUAUUUUUACGACAAAUGUUUGCCUAUGGGCUGUGCUAUAUCAUGUGCGCACUUUGAACGGUUUAGCACUUUUCUCGAGUCUUGUUGUCGCAACCUAGCUAAUACUGACCGCAUUCUGCAUUAUCUAGACGAUUUCUUCUUCGCCGGCGCUUCGCGCGAGGAGUGUGAAUCGUCUAUGAGGCAUUUUUUGGCUAUGUGCGAGGCUUUUGGAGUCCCUAUUGCAAGCGAGAAAACGGAAGGGCCCGUUUCUUCUAUCACCUUUUUAGGUUUAGAGAUUGAUGCGAUAGCAAUGAAAGUUCGCGUUCCUAGUCAGAAAAUCGACUCCCUGCAGGCAGCGUUGCGUCACUGUGAAGCGCAAAAGAAGUUGACAUUGAGACAAUUGCAAUCGCUUAUCGGCAGCCUUAAUUUUGUGUGUAAAGCUGUUGCUCCAGGUAGGGCAUUUCUUAGGCGUCUUAUCGAUUUGACUCGAGGCGUCCGUCGUCCGGAGCACCGAAUUCGCAUAUCGAAAGGGGCAAGAGCUGAUUUACAGGCGUGGGCUCUGUUUUUAUCCGAGUUUAAUGGCACCGUCAUGUUUUCUCACCCAAACUGGCGCUCAAACACCGAAUUUCAGUUUUUCACAGAUGCAGCAGCUAGCAUUGGUUUUGGCAUUUUCUUUCAGAACAAAUGGGCACAGGGCCGUUGGCCUGCAGCGAUUUUGGAUGCAGGUUUUUCCAUUGCCUUCUUAGAGCUAUUUCCGAUUGUGGCGGGUAUCCGGUUAUGGGGGGCGCGUUUAGCUAACAACCGGGUUCUUUUCUGGUCGGAUAACCAAACCGUUGUGCAUGUUGUUAAUUCGCAAACAUCUAAGUGCAAACACAUCAUGAAGCUAGUUAGGAUUUUGGUAGGGCUUUGCUUGAAAUACAACAUUCUUUUUAGGGCGCGUUACGUGCCUGGCUCUUCCAACGAAAUAGCUGACUCCCUCUCUCGUUUUCAGAUGGAAAGGUUUCGGCAGCUAGCACCGGGCGCCGAUCAGCGGGGAUGCGUCAUACCCAUCCAUCUGUGGCGGACCUUUUUGUAGAGAGGAAU